UUGUAAACUAUAAUUCUACUGCGACGAAUCAACCGAUUCCACUUUUUAAUUAUUAUUAUUUUCGUUGAAUACUGCAGCUUUGGGUCAGGUUGAUGAGCUUAUGCUUUCCACUUGACUACUGUCUAAGAAAAACUUGCGUUUCUUUCAAAAAGUCUUUAAUAUUUUCAGAUUUUCGAAAAUAUGCAACAACUUUUAGAGAAUUCAACCGUUCUCAUGAAGAUACACCAACCGAAUGGAAGAGUGUAGCCGAAGAGAUUCAAGCGUUUCCUGAACUUAUACAAGUGGACGAACUUUUAAAGGAAAGAAGAAAGUUGGAGGCUAUUAUUCCUUGCUUUCAAAGGUCACUCCAUGUUUUUAGAAAUAUGCGGAACAAAGCAUACGAAGUAUUGCUUAGGGAAAAGUUGGCUGAAACGUUCAACUGGUACGGUAAAAUAGAGCAAGAAUAUAGUGAGAGGAAGAUAAUAUUUACUAUGUUGAAUUCGCUUGGAGACGGGAGGUUAACUGGUGUCGUUAGCCGCGCAGAGAACUCCUUGAAACUUUGUUAUUUGAGACAGGGGACAGUGGAACCAAGAGAACCGCCGUCGUCACUGCAGACGCAAGGAGUUGCAGCUGCUAAGAAGGAUUCUGCACCUUGUCUUGAGAAACUUUUUACUAUUUCCAGGGCACAUGACUUUCUCACACAGCUGAAAUUGAAUAAAUCAAAGGAUUUUAUGGCAGAUAGUUGGAAGGAACUUGUCGAAUCAGCACGCAACUUCGAGAUAUGCCCAGAAUAUGGUGACUCUGUUGGAUAUUUUUUGUUGCUUGCCUCAAAUUACGGACUAAAGUGUUGCAAUUUGCCGAAGGAUUUGAUUGACUUUGUAUCAGCUGCCGUUGUUCGAUAUGACAGUGACGAAGCUCCGUCAUUCAAAGACAUUACUUUGCAUCGUGAGUUUGCUAGAUACCUGUCUUUAUGUUAUCUAGGUGAGCUUUAUAUCAAACAAAAUCGGUUAGAUGAUGCAGAAGCAACCUUAACACGUGCAUUGCAGACUGCGAAACAGUUGUAUCCACGGAAACAUCCUCGACAGGUUGAGCCUUUGAGGUUAUUGGCAAAGCUCUAUGAACAUAAGCUGGAGCCAAUCUAUGCAGAAGGCUUAUAUCGAAGUUGUCUUGAUCGAGUUGCUAUCCCUUCUUGGGCAUUGCCACGAGACAUAAAUAUUUUGAAGAGUAGUUUAGAUAUUGAUAAUGCGUUUGAUACUAUGUCGAUCUUGACCAUUGUUGAACUAAGAUGUCAGCUGCUUGAAGAUUUUGCCAUGCUUUUAGAGAAACUGGAAUGGAACCAACAAAGUCGCAAAGCAGAAGCAGAACAUUUUCGGAAGGAAAAGCAAAUGCUGUUUGGAAUUUUUCCUUCAGUUGGUUGUUCAAAUUCGGAAAUGAAUCGAUUUCUACCUGGUUGGUAUUGUGAUGAAUCGCUAAAGCAUUUUCACUGUGUAUAAAAACUGUAGAAGUGAGUUAUUUUUUAUCGUGAUUAGAAAGAUUUCGACUCAUUUCGUUUAUACGGCAUUCCUUUGUAUCACUAAAAAUUGUAAACAAAUUGUUUGAAGUAAAUGUCAAGUUUCUCGU